GUAGUAAAAACACCAGCUGGCAAAAAUAACUUGAAAGCUAGUGAGUUGUGCCCCCUGUAUUUCCUUGGGUUCCAACCUCGCCACGUAAUUAAGAGAAAGGAGCCGACUGUACGGAACUUAUAGAUACUGCAGUUUCAAGCAGCUUGACUUGCCGAAAAUUAGAAACUUCAGAUGUGAUUAUAGACGAAGUAGCGAGCGAAAUUCCAGUAAGUACUAGUAUGUCAGAUAUUGAAUCAAAUGUUGGCCCAAAAAACUUAAGAUGUCAUGACACAAAAUGUAUUCACAGACCACGAUCUUUACAUGUCGGAAAGGAUUCAAGAAAUGGAACAGGAAAUUAAAGAGCUAACGCGUGAAUGAGAAGAAAUCCAAUGGGAAAAUGACGCAUUUAUUAAGAGAUUGUUCACACUUGAAAACAUGAAAUCGAAGGAAACUGCUGCUGCUUUGUAUUCUGGUUUUUCCAACUGGGACACAUUCAUGGCUGUUUACAAAUAUCUUGAUCCUGGAGAUAGGGAACAGAACAUCUCCUACUGGGGUUCGUUAGAUACAGACAUCUCAGCUGAUCCCAGUACCGUUGAAACGGAGGAGCCACUAGCUAAAACAGUGAGAACUAGACCUUUAAAGCUG